CUUUCACUUCAUCAUUUCGUCUUCCCCACAACACCCCCUCCUACUACAUUCACCUUAACUUCAACUAUGCGUGGACGUUCUUCUUUCUCGGUCCUGAUGGUCCUCGUCGCCUUCAUUGUGACUCUUUUCCUCUCAGAAACUGUCUCCUCUGCUCCAACUAAAAAGCCCACCCCCAAGCCUAAACCAGCUCGUGGCCUCAUCACUCUUAAGCAGCUAACAAAAGCCUUUGCUGGCAAUUGCCCUCCCAAGACUGUCGGCGAUGCGAUCACUUGCAAAGAUGCCCUCCCUUAUAUCAAUGCUGCUAUCAAGAAGUAUAAGCUUAAGACCAAGGGUCAACAGGCUGCUUAUAUCGCUAACAUGGCAUAUGAGGGUGGCUAUUUGAAAUACAACCACAAUCUUGUCAACCCUACCCAAGGCACCCGCUCAAUUAUGCCUGCGGUCUCACUACGAAUUUUUGUUGACGCCAAUAAGCCUGUUCAAAAGCUCUUCCCUGGCUAUCCCAACAUUAACAAUGACUCCAUCGUUGGUGUCUUGAUCAAGAGGAAACUCGACUUUGAGCCCGGUGCUUGGUGGACCGUCGCUGGUCCUGGUUGUGCCAAGGUCGCUGCUGGACUUCGUGCCUCCGAAGAUAGCUUUGUUGCUUGGGAGAAGGGUUGCAUUAAUGGAGGCCUCGAAACCAUCCCAGACCGUGCCCGUAUCUACAAGGCCGUCUAUGCUGCCAUCGCCAAGUAA